GUAAAAAUAUGAUUAAUUCAAAAUUCACAUUAUUUUUAUUUUCAACAUUUAUUUCUAUUUUAUCUACAACAACAGCUAAUGAGGAUAUAUUUGAUGAUUACAAAACAUUUGUUGAUCAAUUAAUUGGAAGUGAAAGAAGGAAACGAGAAAAUAAUAAAUCUACAGGAGAUUCUAGCUCUGAAGAAGAAAAUGACAAAAAUAAUAAAGAAAUUUUAAAUCAAACAAAAGUUAUUCAAAUAAAGGAAGGACCAAGUAUUUAUGUUUAUCCAAAUAAAGAAAUAUUAUUAGAUUAUCAUAAUGGAACAAUUAUUAAAAUGAAUAAAAAUGAAUCUAAUUUAGAAGAAAAUAAUUUAAAAAACAGGAAACGACGAUUUUCUUCAAUAAAUGGAUUAUAUAUGGCUCAUGGAUUGUCAUUUAAUGAGAAAGAUUCGGAACAUUUUGGAGAAGAUGAUUUUAAUGAGAAAGAAAUUGGAACUAAUCAAAAUAUGGAGGGAAAUUUAGAAUUAAAAUUAGAUAAUAAUUUUGAAGAAAUUUUGAAUGAAGAUAAUAAAGACGGGAAUGAAUUUAAAACGAGAUUUGGAGGAAAUCCUUAUUUGGUUAAACCUCUCUAUGAUAGAGAAGGGAAAAUGGAGGAACAAAAUAAAAAAAUAUUUGAUUUGCCAGAUAAAUCAUCUAGGAAGGACAAAAUAAAUUAUUUAAUGAUCCCCAAUAAAGAAAUACAACCCCCAUCUCCUUCACCAAAUUUUUGGCUUCAACAACGUUUAAAUUCUGAAGAGCCACUUAAUGAGGAAGAAGAAGAAUUAAUGAGUAUUUUAUUAAAUAAAUUUGGCAGAAAUAAUAAAAAUAAUUUAAAUUAUUUAAAAAAUGAGGAGGAGGAGGGAAAGGAGGAAUUAAUUUUAACAACAACAAAAACUUUAAAAACAAAUGUAAAAAUUAUUUAAAAAUUAAUUUUUAUUUUAUUUUAGGAUAUCAAUUUAUUUCCACAAAAAACCUUAUCUUCUUCGAAUAAUAUUUAUAACACAAAAAAUAUUAAAUACAAAAUAAUUUCAUCGCCUACACAAACACAAAAACAACAACCACCUAUUGGAAGUGUCCCCUUACC